UAUCGCAUAGGAGAGGAGAAAUAUUUUGGCAGGAGGAAGGCGUGCUUCUUUGGGGCGAUCGAUCCAUCGCGAUCGUGUCUACAGGGAAGAAGAUCCCUCUCCCACUUCUGUUUCAUCCAUCCACGCUCUGGCUUGAGAGGAUUAGGGUUUAUCCGGGGUUUUGAUGGCAGUGGUGCGCCUCUGCGCUGCGCUCCACACCUUUCCGUCGUCGCAUCGCUCCAGGAUCGGUGCUGCUGCUCAUCCGCUGCCUCUUUGUGCCUCGCAUUACUCGCAUUUCUCUCCUUCCACCGCCGGCUUCUCGCGAUUGGAGAGCUCCAGAGUGGUGAGAAUGGCGGCAUCGGAGUCUUCUGCCGUGAAGACUGUCGUAUCCACGCCAAGAUCGACACCAGCUCCAGGCUCUAAGAAGGCUCUUCUUUCGCUGUCCGACAAGCGCAACCUUGAUGUUCUUGCUACUGGUCUUAGAGAACUCGGAUAUACGCUGAUUUCCACUGGUGGUACCGCCAAGGCGCUGGAAACUGCGGGCUUCGAAGUUACAAGAGUGGAAGAACUGACGAACUUCCCUGAAAUGCUGGAUGGUCGAGUAAAGACGUUGCAUCCUGCGGUUCACGGAGGCAUUCUUGCAAGGCGUGAUUUAGACUCGCAUAUGGACGCUCUCGACACGCACGGGAUAGGAACCAUAGACGUUGUGGUGGUCAAUCUCUACCCGUUCUAUGACACUGUCACUGCUCCCGGAGGAGCAUCGUUCGAGAAAGGUGUUGAGAAUAUAGAUAUUGGUGGUCCUGCAAUGAUCAGAGCUGCAGCCAAGAACCACAAGCACGUACUUGUAGUCGUCGAUCCUGCAGAUUACCCUACGGUUUUAGACAGUCUGCAAGGUAAACUGGAGAAUGACGAAAUGAUCAGACGGAAAUUCGCCUGGAAAGCGUUUCAGCACGUCUCCUCUUACGACUCGGCCGUGUCGGAGUGGUUUUGGAAGGAAAACAAUGGUGAUGGUUCUGGUACUCAGUUUCCAUCAGAGCUUACGAUACCACUGGCACUAAAAUCGUCUUUAAGAUACGGAGAGAACCCACACCAAAAGGCCGCGUUUUAUGUCGAUAAAUCCAUCUCAGAAGUUGAUGCUGGAGGAAUUGCGACUGCUGUGCAACACCACGGAAAGGAAAUGUCUUACAACAACUAUCUUGAUGCUGAUGCCGCCUGGAAUUGCGUCUGCGAAUUCAAAGAACCGACAUGCGUUGUAGUCAAGCAUACAAAUCCAUGUGGGGUGGCGUCGCGGCCCGACAUUUUGGAGGCCUAUCGCCUCGCUGUUGAAGCAGACUCCGUCAGUGCAUUCGGCGGUAUAGUAGCCUUCAAUUGCGAAGUUGACGAGGCACUGGCACGGGAGAUACGAGAGUACAUAGCAAAGCGGUAUCAGGAAAACCAAACCAAAAUGUUCUACGAGAUUGUGGUGGCACCGAAGUACACCGAGAAGGGACUCCAGGUCUUGAAAGGCAAGUCGAAAGCACUGCGAAUACUCGAAGCUCAGCCAAUCAAGAAAGGCCGUCGAAGCGCGAGACAAGUCGGCGGAGGCUGGCUGGUUCAAGAUGCCGACGAUCUUACACCGGACGACAUCACUUUCAGAGUCGGCACAACGAAAGUCCCAACAGAGGCGGAAAUGACCGACGCAAAGUUCGCAUGGGUGUGCGUCAAGCAUGUCAAGAGCAACGCGAUCGUGGUCGCAAAGGAUAACUCCAUGCUUGGAAUGGGCAGCGGGCAGCCAAAUCGUAUCAAGAGCCUGGAGAUCGCGAUUGAAAAGGCUGGAAGCGCUGUCAAAGGCGCUGCUCUUGCUAGCGACGCAUUCUUUCCUUUUGCUUGGAACGACGCCGUGGAAGAAGCGUGCAAGGCUGGAGUGAGCGUCAUAGUCCAGCCGGGUGGAAGCAUAAGGGACCAAGAUGCGAUCGACUGCUGCAACAAGUAUGGCGUCGCAAUGGUUUUUACAGAUGUUCGUCACUUCCGACAUUAAACAACACCCAAAUCUUUGCAAAGAUCUACAAAAAAUCUAACUAGAGUAUUGUUUUGACCAAAA